UAGUAACGGAGAGAGAGAGUUUCAGUGUGUGAUGUUUCCGUACUGCACAAGGACAGUCUUCGUUCCUUCAGCCGUAUUUUUUCGAAGAGUUUUCAAGACGCUGCCGGCGUGCCCAAACUUACUUCGCGGCCUGGAGGCGUUGUACCAACAGCUGACCGCCUCCGUUUCCCGCAUCAACUGCCCCAAAUUCCCAACAAUGCCUGCUGUCCGCGGUCGGAAGGGUUUCUGCGGCUGUUUCCAGAAUGAUGAACCGCCAGAGAUCACAUACUGCGUGGUGGACCAGACUGGGACCCUGUCCCUGCAGGCCCUCACCCCUACGCAGCCAAUGCCGGCAGAGGAGGAACUUAAUGCCAAGUUCGCCGAGCUCGUGGAGGAGUUGGAUCUGACUGCUCCGAACAAGGCUGCUAUGCUGAGUUUACCAUCUGAAAAAAAGUGGCAGAUUUACUGCAGUAGGAAAAAGGAUCAAGAUGGUGAAACAGACUUGUCCCACUCGCCUGAGCUCUACAUUGAACGAGUGCAGGCCUUGUCAAUGCUGCAGUUCCCAGUGGAUUCGGAGGAGGAGGUCCGGUCACGCACGCGGCAGCUUGAUGGGCUGAAGACUGCGCUGAGGACCCAGCCGCAUAGUUUUGUGCUGCGGUUCAUUGAACUGGAUGGCUUGCCUGCCCUGCUUGGUUUUCUGUCUGCCAUGGAUUAUGCCACUGCACAAAGCUCCAUUCACACAUCACUUAUUGGAUGUGUGAAGGCUCUUAUGAACAAUUCGAACGGUCGAGCACACGUGCUGGCGCAUCCAACAGGCAUCAACACCAUUGCUCAGAGCCUCAGCACCGAGAAUAUUAAGACCAAAGUGGCUGUGCUGGAAAUCUUGGGAGCUGUGUGCUUGGUGCCCGGUGGUCACAGGAAGGUGUUGGAGGCGAUGCUGCAGUAUCAGAAGUUUGCUUCCGAGAGAACACGAUUCCAGGGUAUCGUGAAUGACUUGGAUCGCAGUACGGGGAUCUAUCGAGAUGAGGUGAAUCUCAAGACAGCCAUCAUGUCCUUCGUGAAUGCUGUCCUCAACUAUGGACCAGGUCAAGAGAACCUUGAUUUCCGCCUUCAUCUUCGUUACGAGUUCCUGAUGCUUGGUAUCCAGCCCAUUAUCGACAAGCUCCGUGGCCAUGAGAAUGAGACCCUCAACAGGCAUUUAGAUUUCUUUGAAAUGGUGAGGAAUGAAGAUGAGAAGGAACUGGCAAGGAAGUUUGAAAAGGAACAUGUGGACACAAAAAGUGCAUCGUCAAUGUUUGACCUGCUGCGACGGAAGCUGAGCCACACAGCGGCCUAUCCUCACCUUCUUUCUCUGCUGCAGCACUGUAUAUUGUUACCAUUGGACUAUGGAUCUCAUCCCCAGCAUUGGUUGCUGUUUGAUCGUAUCACCCAGCAGAUCAUCUUACAAAGUGAGAACGGUGAAAACCCUGACCUCUCGCCGCUUAACAUUAAUGUUAAGGAACUAGUUCACCUCCUGGCCAAGGAAGAAGAGCUGGUUGCAGCAAGGAGCAAGGCUGAAGAAUUAGAGAAGGAAAAUGUGGAAAUUGCUACAAAACUUGCAAAGAAAGAGCAAGAACUAGAUCUCAGGACACAAGAAAAGGAAGAUAUGGAAACAAAUUUGACGCGUGUGAAAGAACGACUGGAGAAAGAGACAGCAGCAAAUCUGGAGACCAAACAACGCAUUUCAGAGCUGGAAUAUCGUGCCUCGGAGUUAGAUCGACAAGUGAACUGUGAACGAGGAGAGAGACAUCGCUUGGAAAGGCUUGUCAGCUCAGGGAGUCUACCAGACGAUGCCAAGGCCGUUGGCUUGAGGGCAGGCGUUGCAGAGUUAGCCUGUGUAGAUCUUAACCGAUCAUCUGAAUUCUCCAAUGGUCCGGUGCCACCCCCUCCCCCUCCAAUGUCUCAUGCUCCCCCACUUCCACCUCCAGCCCCCGGCUGUUGUCCCCCUCCCCCACCCCAAGCACCGCCUUCGGUCCCAGUGUCUGCACCAAACCGUCCAGAAGUGCCCAAGAAGAAUGUGCCACAGCCUUCUAAUCCCCUCAAGUCUUUCAACUGGUCCAAGCUUCCAGAUGCUAAGGUGACGGGUACAAUAUGGUCAGAACUUGAUGACACAAAGCUGUAUACUGCCAUGGAGCUAGAGAAUAUUGACAAGCUCUUCUGUGCCUAUCAGAAAAAUGGAGUAGCAAAUGAUGGAUCUAUAGAAGACUUGCGCCAGAUCGGAAAACACCGAACCAAAAUUUUAUCUGUAAUAGACGGAAGGAGAGCACAGAACUGUACAAUCCUUCUCUCCAAGUUGAAGAUGUCAGAUGAGGAUAUUUCCAAAGCAAUUUUGAGUAUGGACAGUAAAGACCAGCUGCCCAUUGACAUGGUAGAGCAACUGCUGAAGUUCACUCCGAGUGUAGAGGAAGCAGCUCUAUUGGAGGAGCACAGCGAGGAAAUUGAUAGCCUGGCGAGAGCAGACAGGUUUCUUUAUGAGAUUUCCAAGAUUCCACAUUAUGAACAGAGACUGCGUAGUUUACAUUACAAGAAACGGUUUAGUGUGUGGAUUGGGGAAGUUCAACCUCGCAUUAAAUCUGUAAUGGAAGCGUCUCGGGAAGUGGCCCGUUCGCGUCGACUGCGGCGGCUGUUAGAAUUUGUGCUGGCACUCGGUAAUUAUAUGAACAGGGGAGCCCGAGGUAAUGCCUCUGGCUUCAGGCUCACUUCACUGAACCGCCUCGCAGACACCAAGUCCAGCGCAGCAAAGGGCACCACCUUACUGCAUUAUCUAGUCGAGAUCUUAGAGAAAAAGUUCAAAGACACUCUGAAGCUGGAGGAAGACAUUCCUCAUGUGAGAGAAGCUGCCAAAGUAAACAUGGGUGAGCUGGAGAAGGACAUGGGUGUCCUGCGCAAUGGGCUUAAAGAGGUGGAGCGGGAGAUCGAGUUCCACCGGUCGCAGCCAGUGGCUCUGGGAGAUCGGUUCCUGCCCGUGAUGAAGGAAUUUCUCUCGUCAGCAACGUGCCGUUUCUCUGAGCUGGAGGAUCUUUUCCAGGACAUGAAAACUAGGUUUGAUCGAGCUGUAAGACUGUUUGGUGAGGACAACUCAACAAUUCAGCCAGAUGAUUUCUAUGGAAUCUUUGAUGCAUUCCUCACAGCUUUCAACGAGGCUCGCCAAGACAAUGAGAACAUGAGGCGCCGCCGAGAAGAAGAGGAAAAGCGUGCUGCUCAGGAGGCGGAGCUGAAGAAGCGGACGAUGGAGCGGAAAAACAGCAGGGAUGGAAUACUUGCCAAAGUGGGGAACAACCUUAAGAAUGGAUUAACCAAUGGACUUUCAGCUGGUGGAGGGGGAGUCGGUUUUGGCAGUGGAAGGCAUGAGAACAGUGGUGAUGCCAAGGGAGAAUUUGAUGAUCUCAUCUCAGCUCUGCGCACAGGGGAUGUGUUUGGGGAGGACAUGGCAAAGUUCAAACGUAGUCGCAAGUCCAGAAUCACGAGUAAUGGGAAUUCACCUCCCCGGAUGAACAGCCUGAACCGGGAGGAUAGCCGAGAGAGAGUUCUUAAUAACAGGAGAGAACAGUAAUUUUAGGAGUGACAUGCAGAGUGCAGUGUAUCUGAAUUUUAUAGACAGUUUGUCAUUUUGCUAGUUUCAUAGUUUCAUACUGGCUUAUAUUUAGCUAAUUGAUGAAGGCGACAGGUGGGGACGUUUGAAUUGUACUCUCCACAUUAUAGCUCCAUGGAGAUGCUGUUUGUUCAGUGUUCGUAUUCAUGUGAUAUUCUGUUGGUUUACGAAACAUGUUUUUUCUGAGCAGAGUGCAGUAUUUGCAUGCUUUGUUAGUGUUCUGAAUUUCUACCAAGACCUAAGCUACAUUUGAAAUGCAUCAGUUUCCAACAAGAGAUACAAAAGUGGUCAAGAAUUUUUAAUUUCACAUACACAGUUAUUACAUUCAGACUAAUGUCAAUAGUUACAGGGGUUUAUACUGAUGUAACAUGUUCUUCGCUAUUCUCUUGAUUCAUUUUAUUAUAUUUAUAAUAAAAUUUAAGAAUUUAACACUUGUAUGAUUUGAAGUUUUCAAGGCUGCAUGAAUUGAGAUUACCGUGUUCUGGGGUACAACAUAACGUAGUCGAGUGUGUACCGACUUUUCAAAGGAACAUGCUAGCUCUGUCUUUGUUGUUCAGCCGUGAAUCACGAAGAUGGAGCUGCAAGUUUCUCUUCAACAUUCGCACACGCCAUCGAGCAACAUCCCAGGAGGUCGUAAUCAAAAACUAAGAAUGUAAAAACCAUCUGAUAGCAUUUCAGUGUUAAGAAAUCUCUUAUAUUAUCACCACAGUGUGCAUUUCAUAUGUAGUUCACUAACUAAAUUAAGUUUGAAGAACUUAUUUAUUUGAAAACUGCAAUCUCAUUUCAAAUAUUGUCCUCCUUACAUAAGAAAACAAAAUUUUAUUUAUUAAAAUAUGUUCUGUGCUUUUUCUUACUUUUUUCAUAUUAUUAGACAUAUAUAUGUUAUAUAAAUGUACAUAUACAACCCCUCCUAAAUUAGUAUAAUGUAUUUAUCUUCUGUACUUGUUGAUAUGAAUGUACAAACACUUUAUUAGGGCACCAAGUAUUUAUUAUUCACUUAAGUGAGUUAAAUACCACGUAAGGUCGUAUGGAUGUAGUGUGUGCAGAUUCUCCGCUGCACACUUCUUCAGCGGUGGUGCUGUGGGUGCCAAUUUAUUCCCUUUAUCAUGGUUUUCAUUUUCACUUUUAUAUUUUUUAUGAAAAUAAAAAAGUCAUGAUUAUCAGACAUAAAUUACUGUAACUGUAAUGGAAACCUCAAAUGUCAACAAUAGUCAGAUAUUACUUCGAGUUGCUUAUGCAUUUCUGUAAAACAUUCCUUUGAAAAUUUGCCAGUAGAUAUCGAAUUAAUAUAUGUAUACGUUAGUGUCUCUCGACCAGGUGCUGUGACUUGUAUACGAGCUUUCUGCGAACGUUUAAAUUAAAAUGUGGGAUUUGAGGUUCUCACGACAGCGAAUCAAAAUGUGAUUCUACACAUGUAACAGUAGUUAUUAAAUUGUGAUAAUAGCAGCAAAAUCUUGUUCAUCCCUGUUUCAUAACUUGGCAGUGUCCUUGAUGAAUCGUUGCUGCCCUGUAUAUUUGAUCACGCACUUCCUCGUAAUAAUCGUCUUUUAACCAAAGUAUUUUUGCUGCCACAUUCAUAAUUUCUUGUCUGUAACAAAGCUAACAUGCUGCAUUUUUAAAUGAACUGUAAUGUGUACUUUAUCCAAACACAGUUUUAAAUAGUUUGAGCUGUAAGGUAUUGAACUAUAUUUUAGCAUGCUGAAACCUGGAGAAGAUUGAGAAAUGCCAGUAUAUUUCACAGUUAAAGAUAUGUACAAAUAUGGCCUAAUCGGUAUUUCUCUCUAAGAACGAUAGUGGAUAUUGAGUCUUUGCUCCAUGUUUAGAUUUUCUCUUCGUUACCACUAGCAACUCUGUGUUUUAAGUUUUAAUUUUUUUUUAAAUUUCUAUCAUCUGACACUUACAGUAAGAAAAACGUUGUUUUAUCAAACAAGUUGAAUGCAUUUGUGCCAGUUUUGCUGUCUUUAAUGCUAGUCAAAAAACUUUAAGUUUCUGAACACAAAACAAAUUAUUUUCAGAUCUGCAAAAACAUUCCUUUAAAUAGAAGGAUAAUGGCAGAAAUUCAUAGCGAGUACUUCAUACCACUCAGUCAAAGAGAUCAAUAAUAAGUGUUGCAGAUUUGUUUUGUACAAUAACUGCGCUGUCACCAAUAGGAAGCAGUUUACUUAGUAUGUAAAAAAUAUAAGUUUGUAAACUACAAAGCAAGAAAUGAUGGCUUAUGUGCAGAAAUACAUUUUGGAAUUUCAAGAACAACUCACUGGAAGAGUUCUACUAUAAGGGUGUCAAAUCAUGUAGGAUUUGAGGUUUUCACAGUCGUUAGUUUGAAAAUGUCCGUCUUCUGGGUUGUUGCACCAUGUAGUCUGGUAGGAGUUGACAGAUGUUUCAGAGGUCCUUGCUGCCUCCAUCAUCAGGGUGGUGAUGGAGGCAGCAAGCACUUCUUAAAUGUCGGUAAACUUCUACCAGACUGUAUAACACAUAAACCCAGAAGACAGCCACCUUCGGUGUUUGAUCAGUCGUGAUCUAGCCUACACAUUAGUAAAAGACAGUACUGCGAUCCAAAAACAUGUAAGUGACAUUUGAGGUUCUCAUCUUGAUGGGUAUGAAGAUGGCUGUCUUCUGGGUUGUAACGCUGUGUAGUCCGGUAGAUAUUGACGGACUUUCCAGAGGAAAUUGCUACCUCCAUCAUCAGGGUGGUGAUAUGAUGAUGGAAGCAGUAAGUUAUACUGAAACAUUUGUCAGUAUGUGCAGUGCUGUAUCUCAGAAGACAGAGCCACCUUCAAGAACAUGUACAUCAUAAUUCAUUUGACUAUAUGUAUGCUUAUACAUAUGUGUAUGUAAAAAACAGUGUACAUAUGAAAUGUAUGCCAUUUUACUGUAACAUUA